AGACGCGCCACUUCAGACACCCCUGACAGCCAGACCAAUUUCAGGGAUGUCCGCUGAUAUGCAGCAAGGUGAGCCGAUUCUCACGACCCUUGGCCAUGGCAUGUUCUAAAAUCGAAACGAAUUCUCCUCUCGAACGAAUCGCACUUUGACAAAUCUGACUGCCAAUUCGCAUCUAUCUGAAAUUAGCCGCCAAUAUUAAGAGACAUUCUUUCGCCUCGCAAAUAUACGCUCGCUUGGUGGCUGCAUCACCAAGGUAGCUAGCACUCGACUAGGCCCGACCGUUAGAGCCGGCCGUUCUCGUAACUGAGUCCCUGAACUCGACUACAUCCGGAGCACGCAGAUCUGCGCUUCUUCCCUUCUACCUCACACGAUAGACACGACAUACACUACGAUACGAUGGCGAGGAGACAACAUUUGACCUUGAUGGUCGCCCUGUCGAUUGUCACGUUUCUGAGUCUCACCUACAUGUUCUCCGGCAAUGGCCCUCGUACCGACCGCCUGCCACUCGCAUUUCAAAAGCCCUCGGCUCCUUCAGAUCCGGCAACUCUUGCACCAGAAAAGGCGCCAAGCGACGCGUCCGAUGCCAGCAAAGCCGACUUGGGCGCGAUAUCACAAGAUAUUUUGAAAGGAGGAUCGAUAGCUCCAAAGCUCGAAAACGCAACAGCAAAAGCCGAACUCGGCCGCGCUUCGUGGCGACUCUUCCACACGAUGAUGGCCCGCUUCCCCGAGAAGCCGUCGGCGGACGACAGCCUCGCGCUCAAGACGUACAUCCAGCUCUUUGCGCGCCUGUACCCCUGCGGCGACUGCGCGUCGCACUUCCAGCAGCUCCUCAAAAAGUACCCGCCGCAGGUCUCGUCGAGGAACGCCGCCGCCGGGUGGGCCUGCUUCGUGCACAACCAGGUCAACCAGAGGCUCAAGAAGCCCGAGUUCGACUGCGUCAAGAUUGGCGACUUUUACGACUGCGGGUGCGGAGACGACAAGAAGAAGAAGGAGGGCGAUGCGGGGGGAGACGAGAAAGCUCUCCAGGUGCAAGAGAAGAAAAAGGAAUGAGAGUCCUGGUGGUUACAAGCUAUUGUGCAAGAUUUAUGAAGGAGCAAUAGUGCUACAGGACAUCCUGGGGGCUAGUCAAACUGUUGCCCUCCGUUCCAACCAUGAAUGUGGGUUGGCUUGUAUCGUAGAUGAUUUUUGGGCACAGCAUGGCGUUCUGCUUACUUGUUUCAGGUUAUCUAUCUUGAAGUGAUUUUUAUCCAUUAUCGAAUCUGAAAUUAACCCAUUUAAAUUGCAUGGUAAUCAAUCUCUAUUCAGAACCCGGUCCUCCAUGAAAGUAUGUACGCACUGGAAGGCUUGA